AUGAGGAAAGUCCUCAUUGUGGAUGCAACACACCUCAAGAAUGUUUAUGGUGGAGUUCUCCUUGUUGCGACAGCUCAAGAUCCCGAUCAUCACCACUACCCAAUUGCAUUUGGUGUAGCAUAUGGUGAGAAUGAUCAAAGCUGGAUAUGGUUUAUGGAACAGUUGAAAUUAGCGAUAACUGAUGUCCCCAGAUUGGUGUUUCUUUCAGAUAGAAACAGAAGCUUAAUCAAGGCAGUACGUCUAGUGUUCCCUGAGGCCGAACAUGGGAAGUAUCCAAGUGCAGCGGCGUAUCUUGACAAAAGUGUUGAAGAGAAGAAAUGGGCUAGCUGUUACUUUAAAGGAGAUAGAUACAAUGUCGACACCACCAAUUCAGUAGAAUCUUUUAAUGGUGUUAUUAGGGGAGCGAGAAUGUACACCUUACUGCCAAUGUUUGAUGUAAUCAUUGCAAAAAUGGCUGAAUGGUUUAACAAGUAUAGGAAGAAGGCAGCUGAAGUACCAUACAACAUGAAGCUUGUGCCUAUUGUGGAAGAGGAAAUGUCUAAAAGAUGUGUUGAAGGAGGGUUUCUCACAGUUAAAGAGUUAAACAGCUUCCAUCUUGAGUACAGUGUGCAAGGUACUGACGGGAAGGUUUAUACCGUUGAUAUGGCUAUGUACACUUGUAGCUGUGAGCAAUUUGAUAAAGACAAAUACCCAUGUGUGCAUGCAGUCGCGGCUGCCACAUUCAUGACACAUAAAGCAGGAAAGGAACUCCAUCUAUCUGAGUAUUGUUCUAAGUACUAUUUGGUAGAGCAAUGGGCUUUGGCUUAUCACAGGACAAUAUAUCAUGUUCCUCAUAUGUCUGAUUGGGUUAUACCAGAAGAAGUUAGAGCAAAGAAAAUACUUCCUCCGGAUUUUGAAGUCAAGAAAGGAAAACCACAACAAACAAGGUUUCCAUCAGUAGGAGAAUCUCGUGGAAGAGGAAAAAGAGGCAAAGGGAGUGGUAGAGGGAGUGGCAGAGGCACGGGCAGAGCCAGAGGAGAAGGUCUUGCAGCAUAUUUUGAAUGUGGAAGUGGUUCGGGUUCAGGUGUUUGA